AUGUUAAACAUUCUCGUUCAUAUUCUACAAUGUUUAUAUAUAAUAACUGUGGUUCAAAGUGAUCGUUACUAUGCAUUUAUUGAACUUUUAUUUGUCAUCGAUAAAGAUUAUUUUCCUCCACUUUCAGACAUAAGCUAUCAAGAUUAUGUUCAAGUAGUUGUUGACAGUGCAAAUAUAUCUCGAAAUGAUCUUGAUAUCAAAGUUGAACUUAUCAACUCAAAGAUUAAGUAUAUGGACCAUAUAACAAUACCGUAUGAUGGCGAUCCUGGUCAGCUUUAUUUUGAAAAAUAUUUUAAUACACCCGAAUAUGAUGUUUAUGAUUCGAUUGUUUUAUUACGCUAUGAAACAUGGGACAAAUAUGCAGCGCAAGGAUAUGCAAUGAUGGGAGGAAUUUGUGAUCGUAAACAUAAAAUUAUGUAUUUGGCACCCUAUCAGAAUGCCGGAAUGUAUUUAGCGCAUGAGAUCGGUCAUCAACUAGGUUUAAAGCAUCAGAUAAACACAACAUGCUUUACUGAUGCCCACAUGUCUGUUAUGACUAAUACUCAUAUGAAUUCCUACAAUUUAGCUCGUUGGACGGAAUGUGAGAAUAACAUUAUCAACGAAAAUAUUUGUAAAUAUUCGUGUUUAUUUAAUCAACCAAAUGGUUAUAGACCGCUGAAAAAUAAAGAUGUUUUAAGACCCGGUGAAAGAAUAUCAAAUCAUCAACAAUGUAAAAUGAUAGAAAAAAAUAAGAAUUCAUAUGUUGGAGAAAAUUCUGCAUGGUUUUAUGGCUCAUCGUCCGAUGAAUCUAGUUGCUUACAUCCCAUAUGUUUUCAAUCUGUAGGAGGAUUGUUAGAUUUAAAGUUAUAUUGUCUUAAGCCGAAUGUGAAUAAACUGAUGUCGAGUAAUAUUGAUCAACAAUAUCCACUCAUAUGUGAAACUUAUAGUGCGAUACAUUGUCAAGAUGAACCGAUAUGUGGAACGGCUACUGAUUUUGAUACUAGAAAUAGCCUCGACAACGCCGCUGCAUAUGGUGGUGGUGCUUCAUUUGGUAGCGGUGGAUUUGAUGCGACCAGAGCCAUGUUCGCUCAAGCCGACACAAAUCAGGAUGGUUCUCUUGAUGCUUCUGAAUUUCAACGUUGGGCAGGUGGACAAGGAGGAGCAAAUGCUUAUGGCUUAUCAGGAUCUGCUGGAUAUUCAAGUUUCCAAGGGGAUGCAUCACAGUAUGGAUCAGGAUUUGAUGCGAGCUUAAGUGCUGGCGGAAAUCUUGCUGCAGCUGGUUCCUAUGGCGGGAGCCUUGCUGGUGCUGGUUCUUAUGGUGCAAGUUACGACCAAGCAUCAUCAUCUUCUGCAUAUGGCUCAUCUGCUGGCGGAGUUUUUAAUGAUCCUAAUCCUCAAAUAAUACGUCGUCCAGCAGCCAGUGGACCAGUGACAUAUCAACAAAAUAUUCUUGUUAAAUUUUUACAGCCACCACCUGUCCCGCCACCAGGUGUAAGUUUAACAUUAGUAGCAAUUAUGUGCUUCAAAGUUAAAAAAUGUGUUUUUACCUCUUACAGCCUCUUAUCAUCAAAGAGAUUUGAUCUAAGGGAUAAAUGUAUUUCGUUUCGAAAAGGUCAACGUCCUCCACCACCACCAGUUCUUCCACCUAUUGUUAUCCGAGAGAAUCCACCACGACCACCACCAGCUCUCCCAUCGCAAGUUGUCACAAAAAUGCUCCCAGCUUUACCAGUUCCGCCACGCUCUGUGAUUAUCGAACGUCUUCCACCUCUUCCACCAAAACCUCGUGAUGUUAUUGUUGAGCGUUGGUUGCCAUACCGUGUAACACAAAAACGUCGUGUUAUCGUACAACGUGCUCCACCCGUUAAACAACAAAAGCCACGAAAUAUCAUCAUUCAUUAUGAAGCACCUCGUGCUCAAGUCGUUCGUGAAUUCAGAAAUCUUGGUGUACAAGCUGCCGAUCCUCGAGAAUACCUUGCUCGUUAUGGUGCAAGUUUAGAAGACUCAAGUCAACUCGUUUCACAUGCAAGACAAGCUGGUGUUGUAGAAGAUAUUUCGCCACCAGCAGGAGCUGCCUUUGGAUCAUCAAGUUUACAAACUUUUCAAUCAGGCGGUGCUUACCAAGGCGGAAUCCAGGAAGCGGGAGGUUAUGAUUUAGCGUCGUCAGGAGUAUAUGAUCAAUCGGGAGCUAGUGGAGGAUAUUCAAGUGCCGCUUAUGCCUUACAAGGUGGCAUCGAAGGCGCUGGCGCUUACGGGGGGGGAUCGGGUUAUCAAUCAUCAUCUGAGAGUUAUGGAUAUGGAGGUGGUAUAGCGUCUGGAGCAUCGGGAUUUGAAGCUCAAAGCUUCGGAAGUACUGCAGACGCGUACGGAUCAGGUGGCGUUGACGCAGCGGCCGCUGCCUUUAGACAAGCUGAUAGUAAUAACGAUGGUACAUUAGAUCAAGAAGAAUUUCGUCGAUUUGCUCAAGGUGGUUUUUAA